AUGGGGAACGAGCUGUCGCAGAUCCUGGAUGAGUUCAGCGUCGACCAGCAGAUCCGCGGCACGCUGGAGCAGAAGGGGCACUUCAAGCUGCGGCAGUUGGUCGAGUCUGUCGACGACAUCAAGGACUGGACGGGGAUCUUGGCAUCGAUGAAUCCGCCGAUCACGGACGGGCAGCGCGCGGCUGCAGUCCGGAGAACAUACGGGACAGCGACGCUGCGGGGCGAGGAGCGGGCCCGCCGGAGCAAGGACAAGCCAGGCGAGGAGAUGGACGCGCCGAUCGACCCGGUCACGCGCAGGACUCUCAUUAAGGCCCGCAACGAGCGCCACCGUUUCCUUCUGCAGUUGGCGCGCCAGCCAAGCGACUCGCUCCACGGCCACUUUAAUUGGAAAACGGAGCGCGGCAAAUACGCGGUCAUCAACCUCGCGAAGGUGAGUUGCCAUUUCGAGGUUGUCCCGGGGAUCGCCUUCAGUUUGGGGGCGCACUGCCAUCUCCCAGACACAGGGGGCAGUAAGUCUUUGAGCGUGGCGCAGUGGCUGCUCAACGUGCGGAUCCUGUACAACGGCUACUCAGUCGUUGGCAUCAUGGGGUGCCUGAACAAAGCGAAGGAGGGCGUGCUCCGGUGCUCUUGGCCGCUCGUGUCUCGUUUCGUGGGCGCCCUGGUGGACCUGGCGACGACCGACGGCCCAGGGGCCACAGUCAGGCCCAAUGUGGGGGCAUUGCAUCUCGCCGAGCGGCAAUUCCGCGCGCGGAUUGUGGAGUUUCUUACGCAAGCGCCGGCAGGGCAGCCCAUUUCUUUCGAUGGAGCCAUCCAGACGGCGCUCAUUGAAACGCAGAGCUUCUUCCGCUUCGCGGCCCCAGCGGCCGCGCCAACGCCGGCCGCUACGGGCGGCGGCCGCGGCGGCGGACAGCCGCCCAAACGCCGGCGCACUAGCCCGGACGGCGGCGGCGAGUCGCGCCCGAGGCCGAGGCUCGCGCGCUACAACGCGAUCGGCGACCUCAUCUGCCCAGACUGCAACGCUGUCGGUUCCGCUCCACGCAUGUACAAACACAAGCACACGUCGCAGAAGGCGGCGCGCGCGGCAGGUCUGGCAGUCUACGCUGGCCGGCAGCCCCGGGCUUGCUCGGUCGGCCACUUGGUCCCUGACCUUCCUCGGGCUGCAUUCAUAGAAUGCGUCUUAACGCAGGUGUCGCACCCCCUGGCGCGCCCGUGCUCAUCGGCGGCCAGGCUGCCCCAGCGCGUUCAGCUCGCGGCAUGGCUCGGGAAGGCCGUCGCGCAGCAUCGGUGGGAGCUUGAUUCUGCGCUCUGGCGCAAGCAGGCGGAAUCGGCCGCGAGCUACGCGAGCUGGAGGGCGGGCCCCGCGGCCGACCAGGAGUCGCUGCGCAGGCGCUGGAGCGCCCCGCUGUUUCGCAGGCUCCUUGAAGAAGCGGAGUACGAGGACAUGGGCGUACCCCGCAACCUGCUCGAGGGCAUGCCGGUCGCCGGCCUUGCGAGCGACAGCGGCGCGCGCUUGCUGAAGACCGCCGCGCCCGCCAUGCGCGGGCCCGCUGGCGACCCCGAGCUGGAUGAACGGGCCUGCGAGAAGACUUGCGCAAGGUUCAAGUUGAACCUGAUGGAGGGCCCCUUCGACACGCUGGAGGCGCGCCCUGGCACAGGCAAAGUCUUCGUUCGUCGCAAGCCCCGAUGGCGAGACAAUGACGCGCGCAACAUUGACGACUGUUCGAGGAACAACAUCAAUGCCACCUUCGGCAGUAAAGAGACCUAUCGGCCGGCGGGGAUAGAUCAUCACGCAUCCGUCGCCAGGCUGUGGGAAGCCCUGUGCCCGGGCGCUGUCCUCAAGGAUCUCGUCGCGGACCUGUGGAAGCAUGUCUGGCAGGUGCUCGUAGGCCUCAAUUUGGUCGUCGUUCUCGGGUGCACCCGCGCGAAGCGCGCGCGGUUUGGGCGCAUUCGUGGUAGCCCAUUCGGGGCGGCCGCGCGUGCCCAGACAUGCGCGAGGCUGCCCGUGGCUGUGCGCGCCUUGCUGCAACACCAUUUAUUGAUACCAGCGCAGCACUACCAGGACGACCAUCACUGCGUUGAGCCCGGUUACAGCGCGGCGCAGGCGCGGUUUCUGUCCAAGCUGUUCCACGAGAUGGUCGGGCCUGAACUUGCAGAGCCUGGUGGACCUAUGUUCACCCCGCCUACCCCCCAGUUCAAGCAACUGGGCAUCUGCAGCGACCUUGCCGCCUCACCACGCGAAGUUUGUGUCUUGCCAGCCCGCGUCGAGGCGAUCUGCGUUGAGUUGCGAGCUGUCCGGGGCGCAGGGCGCCCGAGCAGCGGCCUCGCGGCAGAGUUGCACGGCAAGUGGC